AUGCCCCUCAAGUUGACCGUAGUGGCUUCGGACUCCGAAUUUGACGAACUCGUCCGGUGUGAAUUUGAUGCGUAUGAGAGCCCCCAAUGCAACCUCAAACAGCUCUUCUUUCCCAUCCACGGCUUUUCACCCGCUGCCCGCGAGGCAGCUAUUCAAGAUGCCGUCAAGCGCCAGAUACACUGGCACCGCUCCGACCCCACCAGCCAGUGGAUCAAGGUGGUAGAUGUGGAGUCUGGCAAAACAGCUGGCGCCGCCUGCUGGCACAUUUAUGAGGCCAACCCUUAUACCGUCAUUUCCGAUGAUGAGUGCAAUUGGUGGCCUGCAGGUGAGGCCCGUAAUAUUGCCAACGAACUCAUGGGGCAGUUCCUCGUUCCACGAAUGGCAUACAUGAGUAAACCACACGUCUUCCUAGAUAUAUGCUUUACGCAUCCUACCUACCGACGACGUGGCGUGGGCAAUAUGUUGAUGGAGUGGGGUGUUCAGAAGGCUGAAGCGAAGGGCCUGGAGUCUUAUAUAGAUGCCACGAAAAUCGGGCGUGAGUUAUACGGCAAAUGGGGCUUUGUAGAAGGGAGACAGAGAGAGUUCACGCUAGCGCAUUUCCCCGCAACUUCAAAGCGUCACGAGCUGGGCGAGUUGUUGCUGCCAUUUGCGUGGUGGCCGAUGUAUAGGCCGAAAGGAGGCAAGUAUGAGGAGAACAAGGGAUUUUUGCCUUGGGAGAAGGAGCGAUAG